GCUGUCAGUCAAGCCGAUUCGCUAUUUCUUCUUUUCUGCCUCUUCUUCCCUCCAAUCGUUUUACAAUUUCAUGGACUCCCACCCCAAUCCUCGCUCUCGCCCUCGCUCUCGCCCUCGUCCCAAACUCGAUCGCCGAAACGCCAUCAAAAACAUCGAAUACGAAGCUUCCUCUUCUUCUUCUUACGACGAUCACCACUCCACCAAUCUCCGUACUCUCUCUCUCGAUUUAUCCCCUUUGACCGAUCACAAAACCAGCUUUCGAAUUAAAGGCAUCGACGGCGAAUUCGACAUAAUUUGCCGCUCUUUGGGCCUCUCCGGCCCCGAAGACUUUGCUAUUCCCGCCGCCGCUUGGGAGGCCCGAAAGGCGGCUCGCUCUUCUUCCGAAGUUGCCCCUGCUUCACGGUCUCGAUUUAGUAAAGAUGAGGAGUUAGGCCAACGUAAUGAUGGUUUUAAAGCUAGUGUCUUAGUUGAUGAACCUCCAAGUAGUUUGAAUUCAAUUACUCAGAGGACCACUAACGGAAUCAACGGAGAUCGGCCGCCGGUGUUGGCACCUCCUCCUGCGAGGCUACGGCCAGUUCUUGAUAAUUUUGGCUCGACUUGGGAUAUAUUGAAGUCUUUUGCGCCUGAGUCGGAUGAGGAUUCUUUAAACUCGCCUGUUCGGGCAGGUUUUGUUAGUUCUUUGGGUGAAAUUGAACGAAAUGCUCAGAGAUUAGGAGAAGCUCAUGAUGAUGAUGCUGAAUCGGAUGAGGACUCUUUGAAUUUGAACUCGCCUGUUCGGGUAGGGUUUGUUAGUUCUUUGGCUGAAUUGGAACGAAAUGCGCAGAGAUUAGGAGAAGCUCGCGAUGAUGAUGGCAAUGAUGGUGGUGGCGGUGGUGUUAUUAAAAAUCAAACUAGUUUGGUUUUGGAGCCAGUGUAUAAUGUUUCUCCGAAUGGGAAAUUUAGAAGAAAUAUUACUUCGUGGCAAAAGGGUGAGCUUUUGGGAAGUGGAUCUUUUGGGACUGUUUAUGAAGGCUUUACAGAUGAUGGAUUCUUUUUUGCUGUAAAGGAGGUUUCUUUGUUGGAUCAAGGAAAUCAGGGAAAGCAGAGCAUUCUCCAGCUUCAGCAGGAAAUCUCUCUUUUAAGUCAGUUUGAACACGAAAACAUUGUUCAAUACUUAGGCACAGACAAGGAUGAUAAGAUGCUUUAUAUCUUCCUUGAGCUUGUAACGAAAGGUUCACUUGCAAAGCUCUAUCAAAAGUAUCAUUUGAGGGAUUCUCAGGUUUCUGCAUACACAAGGCAGAUCCUUAGUGGUUUAAAGUAUCUGCACGACCAAAAUGUGGUUCACAGGGAUAUAAAAUGUGCCAAUAUAUUGGUGGAUGCAAGUGGAUCCGUCAAACUUGCAGAUUUCGGGUUGGCAAAGGCAACUAAAAUGAAUGAUGUUAAAUCCAGCAAAGGGACUCCAUUCUGGAUGGCCCCUGAGGUUGUCAACUUAAGGAACCGUGGGUAUGGACUAGCAGCUGAUAUAUGGAGCCUUGGGUGCACAGUACUGGAGAUGUUAACCAGUCAACCUCCUUACUCUGAUUUGGAAGGCAUGCAAGCGUUAUUUAGAAUUGGCAGGGGUAUAGCCCCUGAAGUACCUAGGUCACUUUCCAAAGAUGCCCGAGGUUUCAUCCUAAAAUGCUUGCAAGUUAAUCCAAGUGAGCGGCCUACUGCAGCACAGUUAUUGGACCAUCCAUUUUUGAAGAGGCCACUGCAAACUUCCCAUGGCCCUGCUUCUCCUUUUUAUAACAGCAGAUGGUCUUGAAAGCUUUUGAUCAAGCUUUGGUGUAGACAUGGAGGUGUUGUUGCCAGUAGUCUAAUGUGCGUUGACAGAAGGCGAGCAUGUUGUGAAAUUUUUGGUAUUACAGAUUGAAAUGGUGCAGUGUGGGGCAAAAUUUGUUUUACACAAAGACAGCCAAGCAUGUGUAAGCAAUGGACAAUGAAGGUAGAGUGUGCAUGAUUUCUGUUCUGUGGAUUACGAAAUAAUUUCAUUGGAAAUUAUUGUUCAUUUUGGUGUGUGUUCUGUUAUGAUUUGUUUCCUUUGCUUUGAUGUUCGGUAAACGGUAAAGGGGUGGCGGAGGGCUCAAUUUUGUAGCAGUGUAAAAUUGUAAAUAUGUGAUUGGUGUAAAUUAAGUUAGUUGGAAACAUAACAUAAUCAUUGUCAAUUAAAUGUACAUAAUAGCUUUUUCAGUUUAUCUAUUCUAUUCUAUUCUAUUCUAA